AUGGCAAUACGCUUUCGGAAUGCUACUCCAGGUACACUAGCCUGUCUGAUAGCUACUGCCUUACUAGCGGUAGUAUCAUUCAAUACUCCUAUGCUCAAAUCGUUGAACUUUUUAUCAGCAUCAUAUAGCUCGGGACAAUACAGCGGGACGUUGACUUUGGGUACUUUGGGAUUCUGUCAUACCCUGAGUGGGACUGAAACUUGUACGGGACCUCAGGUUGGAUAUGAAUUUGACCCCAACGAUGUCUUCGGGGUGACAGUCUUUGACAUUCCCGAAGCAAUCACCAAAUACCUCACAUAUAUAUUAAUCCUUCAUAUUGUCGGAUUAGCAUUUGCAGCCAUAGCCACUGUAAUCGGUAUAUUCGCUCAUUCACCUACAUUCCCUUUACUAUGUUUAUCAAUAUGGAUGGCUGGUAUAGCAUCGUCUUUCACGUUCUUCGCUGUCGUGUUUGAUUUGGCCAUGUUCUACAUCGCGAAAGCACGAAUUAAUAACGUAUCGGGAGCUUCGGCUGAAAUUGGAAUUUGCGUUUGGCUCACUCUGGCCGCUUGGAUAAUAUUAGCUUUAAGUGGAUGUUUCUUUGGUAUCGGAAAUUGUUGUGGGUCAUGUAGAAAUACCAGAGAAAGUGGUGAUUCGAAAAGAUCCAAGAAUGAUGAUUAUGGUGGAGAAGAAGAUUAUAAAAUGAGAAUGAUGGCUAUAGAUAAUGAAAGAACAAGAAAACAAAAACAAGAACAAGGUUUACCAAGUUUUCAAGGUUUAGUAAAAGAUGAUAGCGAUGAAGAUAAAUAUCUCAUUGAACCAUCACAACAACAGCAACAGCAACAACCGUCAAAUCUGAGAAGGGAUGGAAGUGUUUUACAAGGCGUUGGAAUGGGUUUCGGUAGAAGAACAGCUAGAUCACCUGCGAACGAUCCAUAUUCAGAUCAAAAUGGAAAUGGAAACGGCUAUCCAGGCGGAUGGAGUCAACAACCUUCAGGAGGAUAUCAGACUAUAGCUGCUCCACCACCUGUUGCUAGAAGACUAUCAGAUUCGACAUCUGCUGGCGAUUUCGUAGGUGUAGGAGCUGGAGGUGCGGGAGUAGAAAGAUCAAACCAAUAUGCCAAUGGAGGAUAUUACGGUGAAAAUCAAUAUGGGAGUGAUCAAGGUCACGGAACAGGCUAUGGACAAGAUCAACAAUAUUCAAGUGACCCUUAUCAACAACAGACAUAUAACGAUCCGUAUUCUCAAAACUCUCAUGAUCAGUAUAACCAAGCAUCAUCGACAUAUCCACCACAAGAUCAAUAUAAUCAACAAAGCUAUGCAGACCCAUAUAGAUCAUCAUCGACUCAACCUUACAAUAACUAUCCCACUCCAGCACCGAUAACGAUGCCCACUCCCGCUCCUGUACAAACCUCUCGAUCGCCUCAACCAGGUGGAACGGCAAAUUACGAUACGUCCUUUGGAUCAACGGAGUCCCAUUAUCCAGAACCUGGACCACAGGUAAAUAACGCUGAUCCAUAUGAUGGGUAUGAUGAUGGAUUAGGCGCAAUCGGAAUGGCAGUGACUCAAGGUACAGGUAGACAUGAACGUGAUUAUACUGGACAGACUUUUGGUGUGAAUGAUCAGUAUCAGAGUGGAAGUGGUGGCGGAUAUGAUGAUACACAAUUUCAACCUCAAACACAACCCAAUCUACAUCAACCCGCACCUCAACAUUUGAUAAAUUCACAUUCGCAGAGUAACUUAUUAAGAUCGCCGGUAUCUCCAAUACGAGACCAGCAAAUCGGAGGAUAUGGAGGGAACGAUCAGACGUCGAUAAGGCCACCUAGUUAUUCGGCAGGAGAUUAUGCGGCUACGGGUUCAAGAGCGAACGAGAAAAGCUCUUAUAGAUAG